AUGAUUAAUUCUCGAACUUAGUACUAAGAUUGCAACUUCUAAAGUGUAAUUAUGGGCUAACUCAGCAACUUCCACACAAAAUGGCAAGAUUACACAUGGUAGAUCAGCCUCCGUGAAACCAAACUUUUCUGAGAAAGCAGUAACCACUACGUAUAAUGUCUUAUGCGACAGUUCAAAGAAAAGAUGUACAUGCUGGUAGCGUAGAUGGAAGAAGUUCCGCUAUAAGUGACAAAGAAAAACACGCAAUACACUGGAUCAGAAAGGAUCUACGCUUGCACGACAAUCCUUCUCUUUUGGAAGCAGUGAAAGGAAGCGACACUCUUAGAAUUAUUUAUGUUUUGGACACUAAAGUGGAUCAAAACAUUGGUAUAGGUGCAAACUUAUGGAGGUUCUUGUUGCAGUCAUUGGAAGAUGUCGACGACAGUCUUCGUCAACUUAAUUCCCGCCUUUUUGUAGUGCGAGGUCAGCCCGCAGAUGUCUUCCCUCGCCUGUUUAGGGAAUGGAAUACCUCGCUUCUAACAUUUGAGGAAGAUUCAGAACCAUUUGGAAGAGAAAAGGAUGCAGCAAUUCGACUACUUGCUCAAGAGUCAGGCGUUCAAGUAGCCAUUCGUCGGUCUCACACCUUGUAUGAUCCUCAACUGAUCAUAAAAAACAAUGGUGGAACUCCACCUCUUACGUACAAGAAGUUCCUAGCCAUCAUAAGCUCAUUGGGUCCUCCUGAGCACCCUGUCCCAACACUGGAUGUGCAUUUAUUGGGAAGCUGUUCUACCCCUAUCUCUGAUGACCAUGAAGAAAAGUAUGGGGUGCCAUCAUUAGAAGAGCUAGGUCUGGACAUUAGAAAGAUUCAUGCAGCAGUUUGGCAUGGUGGAGAGAAAGAAGCUCUUGUGAGGCUUAACAGACAUUUAGAGAGAAAGGCAUGGAUAGCAAGUUUUGAAAAGCCUAAAGUCACCCCAAACAGCCUCUUUCCAAGCCCAACAGGAGUGAGUCCUUAUCUAAGAUUUGGAUGUUUGUCACCGAGGUUGUUCUAUCACAGACUUACAGAACUUUAUAGAAAGGUUAAGAGCAGUGAUCCUCCUAUUUCCUUGUAUGGGCAGCUACUGUGGCGAGAAUUCUUUUUCACUGUGGCUGCAAACAAUCCACAUUUUGACAGAAUGACAACAAAUCCCAUGUGUUUACAAAUACCAUGGAAAAGGAACCCAGAAAACCUGGCAAAAUGGGAAGAGGGAAGGACAGGCUUCCCUUGGAUUGAUGCCAUCAUGAUACAACUGCAACAGGAAGGAUGGAUACAUCACUUAGCAAGGCAUGCUGUUGGUUGCUUCCUGACAAGAGGAAACCUUUGGAUCAGCUGGGAGGAGGGCAUGAAGGUAUUUGAGAGGUGGCUUCUUGAUGCAGAAUGGAGUUUAAAUGCUGGUAACUGGAUGUGGCUGUCAUGCAGUGCCUUUUUCCAACAGUUCUUCAACUGCAUAUGUCCCGUUGGAUUUGGAAGGAAACUUGAUCCUAAUGGAGAUUUUGUCAGAAAAUACCUUCCAGUCCUGAGAGGGUUCCCGGCAAAAUACAUCCAUGCCCCAUGGACAGCACCAGAGAGUGUACAGAAGGCAGCAAGAUGCAUCAUUGGUGUGGACUACCCUUAUCCAAUGGUAGACCACUCCAAAGUAAGCUGUGCUAAUCUGGAAAAGCUGAGAAACAUCUUUAAAGCACUCUUGUGUUAUAAGGAUUCAACUGCUGUAUCUUCAGAGAAGCAAGAUAAUCUACAUGGGCAACAGGAAAAAUUAAAACAGCAAAUGUUUCUCCUGGAAGACAAAGAAAAUGAAUAAUGAUGCCACAUGGAUAACUAGCUUUCAUCUCAUAAGUGAAAUGAAAUAAGUGUAGAGGGAUUCAUAUUGUGAGUGGCACAUAGUUAAUAUAUCAGUGUGUCACUUCUUAAAGACAUUUCAGUGGCAAAAAAGGAGUGCCGUUAAAGGAUUUUAUAGUCUUUGCAAGGCAUUAGAGACAAAAAAUGUAGAAAAUAAUUUCUUUACCAAGGAUACUAAAGGAUUAUUGGAACUUAAAUAAGCUCAGCUAUGUUUUGAGCAAUAUGGAAAUGUUGACCUAAUGCAUUGAACAGAUGCUUGGAAAAAGUUCAGCUUUCUGCAAGAAUUUAUCUCUGCAUCUAGUAGAUUUUGAUCAAUGUUAGCUAAGUCUUCACUUAUUAUUUUUAUUAAUUUUUUUUUUUAAUUUAAAACCAACAUUUGUUUCACAAUUAAUGGAGCAACGUGUAGUACAUAUCCACACCUUAUUUAUCAUCAACAUCUGUUCCUUUUUCCUACACAAAAGCACUGAAAUUGAACACUUCUCAAACAAGAGACUCACAUGAGGGAUAGCAAUGAUUGGAUAUGAGUAUUGUAAUUUUUGAUCAAUUCCAUUGUCACUCCAAGCUGGUACUCAUAAUUUUGUAGUUUAAUACUCAUAAGGUAAUUGCCUGUUGCAUCAUAACGUCUUCAAGAUGAGAAUCAAUUGUUUUGCUCAUUUCACAGCUAUUAAAAUCAUUUGUUGAACA